AUGAGCCCCUCAUCCCUCUCGCCUGGGCAUUCCCCCAACUCGCCCGGGCAGGUGACUACCGGACUUCCCAAACCGAAACCGAAAGUUCGCUCCUCCCUGCCCCGCCCAAGAACGAGCAGCACCGCGGGUCUCAGGACGCCGGCGACGCCGGGGACGGGUCGUGCCCCGCCGACACCGGGCACGCCAGCAACGCCGACGUUACGCAAGCCAUCUUCGAUGCGCGGCGGUCUCGGACUUGCCAAGUCGCCUUCCUUAACCAAGCUUGCUGCAGGCACAUCCACGCCGAAGACCAGGCCUGGGAAGCAUGUGAGGCAGCGGUCGUCUCUGUCUGCUUUAUCUGCUGUCGAGACGGGAUCGACUCCGCAAAGUCGAACGGCCAGCAUCGACUUGACAGACGUACCAUCCCAGCCCGACCCCCGCAUCGAGCAGCUCGAGCAACAACACGAGGAGCAGAUCAAGAAUCUCACGCGCCGGCUUGACGACAUUGACCUGUCCUACCGCAAGCUGCAGACUGAGCACGCACGCUGCGUAGCUGAGCGGCAGCCCGAGCGCCGGCUGCCCGCCCAAUGCGACCCCAACAUUGCCUCGCUGCUGUACGACCUGGACAUGUUCGGGCUGGCCGUCCGGUCGAUCCCGAAAGCCCAGCGUCUGGCACUGCUCAGUGUUAUCGUAGAGUCGCAGAUCAAGCUGCUAGAGGAAUACAAGAACCUCCGCACCGGUGUGCUGGGACGGCUCGACGAUGCGCACGUCCUCAACGUGAUGCGACAUCUCGAUAGGAAGGACAUUCUGAACCUUCGACUGGUCUCCCGCCGAUUCAGCAUUCUCGGGACCAGCCCGAUCAUUUGGAAGAAACUGUGCCAGGACCUUGAGGCGUCUUGGGACGGGACGAUCGACCUCAGCAAUUACAACCUCCCCGACGACGGCGACUGGCUCGGCCUUUACAAGCGCCUGUGGCAGCGGGAGCAGCACUGGACUAAUGGUCAAGUGCAGUCACUCGUCGUUCUUGACGGGCACAAGGGCUAUGUCACUUCGCUCGCUCUCUGCGGAGAGACACUCAUCUCUGCCUCCUACGAUGACACUAUCAACGCUCAGUGGAUGGUCUCGGUCGGAUCGGACAAGGCCAUAGUCGUCUGGGACUGGCGUACUGGCAACAAGCUCGUGCGCUUCGGCCAGCAGACCAACGUCUGCAUCGGCAUGAAUCUCCUGGACAACUUCAUCAUCUCGGCCACCGUCGACGGCGUCAUUCGCACAUUCUCGAUCGCCAAGCGCGAGAUGCUGGGCGCGUUCAAGCUCUCGGAGCUCGCCAAGUACCAGCCUGAAUUUGCCGACAAGCUCAAGGAUGUCGGUGUCGGUGCGCUCGGCAUGCUCACCUGGUUCAAGGCAGAGGGACGCUUCAUGGCCGACAUUGUCAUCCGCCUUGCGUGGGACUGGGCAGACGAGGAGGAGGAGGCCGAGAACCUCUACGACCCUGCCGCUGCCGACAAUUCAACUGUCACUGCCACCUUCUUCUCCGACGUUGCCCCGGCUACCGGUACGCCUGCCCGUCGUGCUGUCAAGACGGCGCAGUCACCUGGUGGCUCCCCAGUGUCUGCUAUCCCUGGCGCGCCUGGCGGCGCCCAGGCUGACGGUAAAGGCACUCCUCCCCCGCUGGCUGGCACCACGACCACAAAGUUUGCCCUCGCGAGGCGUCCCACUAUCGUUGAGAUCCUCGAUAUCACCGGGACUGAGCGUGGUGCCUUUGAGGCUGGUCGCGUGAUUGUCGGCACCGAGUAUGAGAACGGCGACCACCCAACCAUGAAGCUGGUGCCCCUCGGUGGCGCGUGGAACACUGUCGGCCAGACUGCCGGUCUCCACGCGUCCGCCAAGAACCCCAUGUCCUUGGCCUUGGACCACGACAAGCUUGUUGUGAGUGUUGCAGCGACAGCGGUCACUGACAUUAGCGGCAAGACACGGCCUCCGCCUACGUCGCUGGGGAGCAGCACCAACUCUGCUCCCCAAUCUGAUGCCCCCAAGCCCGCCAUACCUGCCAAGUCAGCCCGCCGACCCAGCGGCCAGAGGGUCUCUACUCUCGUCAGCUCCAAGAACGUUGCCCUCGCUGGUGUCAAGAGCGUCACUGUUUACGACCCCGCUCCUGUGGAGGUUGCGGAUCUGGGAACGCAGUUCUUCCUGCGUGAGGAGGACGUCGGCAAGCCCCGUGCUGAGGUUACCGCCCCCCGACUCGCCGAGCUCAACUCGUAUGUCCCCGUCCGUGUGCUCGAGGGAGAGGGUGAGGUCACCCCGGAGAUGGUUGCGCCGUAUCAGAUCGAGAUCGACGACUUCUGCCGCACCAAGGGCAUCUACUUCAUCUCUGCCGACGUCCGCGGUCUGUUUGGAUCCGUCUUCAACGACUUUGGCGAUGACUUCACUUGCGUUGACCCCACCGGAGAGAACCCGCUCAGCGGCAUGGUCGUCCACAUCGAGGAGUCGGAGGACGCGCUCGUGACCUGCUUCGACGAGACGCGCCACGGUCUCGAAGACGGCGACUUUGUCACCUUUGCCGAGGUCAAGGGCAUGGACAAGAUCAACGGAUGCGAGCCCCGCAAGGUCACUGUCAAGGGCCCUUACACGUUCACGAUCGGCGACACCCGCGGCCUUGGCGAGUACAAGUCGGGCGGUAUCUUCACCCAGGUCAAGAUGCCGAGGAUCCUGCACUUCAAGUCGCUCAAGGACUCGCUUACCCAGCCCGAGUUCUUCAUCACCGACUUUGCCAAGUGGGACCGCCCCGCCACCCUGCACGUCGGCUUCCAGGCGCUCUCCAAGUACUUUGAGAAGGAGGGCCGCCUCCCCCGCCCCCGCAACACCGAGGACGCUGCCGCCUUCAUCUCGAUCGCCAAGGAGAUCCACUCGUCCGCCGCUACUGACGGUGACCUCGACGAGAAGGUUCUCGAGGCUCUCGCGUUCCAGGCUACUGGUGACCUCUCGCCCAUGGUCGCUGUCAUUGGUGGUUUCGUCGCCCAGGAGGUCCUCAAGGCCGUCUCGGCCAAGUUCCACCCCAUGCAGCAGGUCAUGUACUUUGACUCGCUCGAGUCGCUCCCCUCGCAGGUUCCCACCGAGGAGGACGUCCAGCCGACCGGCUCCCGCUACGACCGCCAGAUCGCUGUUCUCGGCAAGACGUUCCAGCAGAAGAUCGCCGACAACCGCCAGUUCCUCGUCGGCUCGGGUGCCAUUGGUUGUGAGAUGCUCAAGAACUGGUCGAUGAUGGGUCUCGGCGCUGGCUCCAAGGGCUCGAUCAUCGUCACCGACCUCGACACUAUCGAGAAGUCGAACCUGAACCGUCAGUUCCUCUUCCGCGCCAAGGACGUCGGCAAGUUCAAGGCUGAGUCUGCCGCCGGCGCCGUUGCGGACAUGAACCCGGACCUCAAGGGCAAGAUCACCGCCCUCCAGGAGCGUGUUGGCCCCGAGACCGAGCAGCAGUUCGGCGACGAGUUCUUCGGCAAGCUCGACUGCGUCACCAACGCGCUCGACAACGUCUCGGCGCGUCAGUACAUGGACCGCCGCUGUGUCUUCUUCCAGAAGCCGCUGCUCGAGUCGGGUACCCUCGGCACCAAGGCCAACACGCAGGUUGUCAUCCCCUUCCUGACCGAAUCGUACUCGUCGUCCCAGGACCCGCCCGAGAAGUCGAUCCCGUCGUGCACGGUCAAGAACUUCCCGAACGCGAUCGAGCACACCAUCCAGUGGGCGCGUGAGGCGUUUGACUCGCUCUUCGUCAACCCCCCGACCACGGUCAACCUCUACCUGUCGCAGCCCAACUUUGUCGAGACGACCCUCAAGUCGUCUGGCCAGCACUUUGAGCAGCUCAAGCAGAUCGAGCGCUACCUCGUCAAGCGCCCGACCACCUUUGCCGAGUGCGUUCAGUGGGCUCGCCUGCAGUUCCAGAACGACUACGUCAACGAGAUCUCGCAGCUGCUGUACAACCUGCCCAAGGACCAGGUCAACUCGAACGGCACUCCCUUCUGGUCCGGCCCGAAGCGUGCCCCCGACCCGCUCAAGUUCAACAUUGAGGACCCGCUCGACUUUGAGUACCUCGUUGCCGCUGCCAACCUGCACGCUUACAACUACGGCCUCAAGGGCUCCACCGACCCCGAGGUCUUCAAGCAGGCGCUCGAGAACUUUGAGGUCCCCGCCUUCACCCCCAAGUCUGGCGUCAAGAUCCAGGUCAACGAGAACGAGCCGGCCCCGACCAACGAGCCCGAGGACAGCGAGGACAUCGAGAAGAUUGUCGCGGCCCUGCCUUCGCCGAGCUCGCUUGCCGGCUUCCGCCUCCAGCCCGUCGACUUUGAGAAGGACGACGACAGCAACCACCACAUCGACUUUAUCACUGCUGCGUCCAACCUCCGCGCGCGCAACUACGGCAUCACCGAGGCGAACCGACACAAGACGAAGCUGAUUGCGGGCAAGAUCAUCCCCGCAAUCGCGACGACGACUGCGCUCGCUGUUGGCCUCGUCUGUCUCGAGCUCUACAAGAUCAUCGACGGCAAGACGGACCUCGAGGCGUACAAGAACGGCUUCGUGAACCUCGCGCUGCCGUUCUUCGGCUUCUCGGAGCCGAUCGCGGCUGCCAAGCAGUCCUACAACGGCAAGGACUGGACGCUCUGGGACCGCUUCGAGAUCGACGGCAACCCGACGCUGCAGGAGAUCAUCGACUGGUUCGAGAAGGAGCACAAGCUCGAGCUCCAGAUGGUCUCGCAGGGCGUGUCCAUGCUCUGGUCGUCCUUCACGCCUCCCAAGAAGGCGGCCGAGCGCCUCCCCAAGCACAUCACCGACCUCGUCGAGGAGGUUUCCAAGAAGCCCCUCCCCAAGUGGCAGAAGAGCCUUCUCGUAGAGGUCAUGGCGAACGACGCCGAGGGCGAGGACGUUGAAGUCCCUUACCUGUUGAUUAAGCUCCCCUGA